AUGAAAUCGAUUGGCUUUCCCUUCUUAUAUUUAUGCACAUUGACUGGUGCAUCAUCCGUCGCCAGUGGCAAUCAUGGUUCGUACGACGUGCGGCCUUUUACUAUUAGCCUCUCCCAUGAUGUUCCUCGCAUGCUAGAGCGCAUACGAGAUACAGAGCUGCCAGAUGCAAUCUCUCAAUAUCCAGGGAAUGAAGCUGGCAUUAGUCUGGAGACCCUGAAAGCCUUCAGAAACCAGUGGCUCGUCGACUUCGAUUGGUUCAAAGAAGAAGAAUCGCUGAACAGAUAUCAUCAUUUCACGGCCAAAAUAGAGAAUCUUGAUGUGCAUUUCAUACAUGAAAAGUCAAAUGAACCUGAUGCGAUCCCACUAAUUCUCUACCAUGGUUGGCCAGGAUCAUUUCUCGAAUUUAUUCCCCUGAUAAAGAACCUCACACAAAAGGCAAAAACAUCUACUGGGAAACAUGUUUCAUUUGAUGUGAUUGUACCAUCACUACCUGGCUUCGCUUUUUCCUCCGCGCCAGGAGCUAACUGGACAGUGGACGAUUCUGCUCGGGUCUUUAAUACUCUAAUGACAAAAGUCUUAGGGUAUAAGACUUAUGCAGUUCAUGCUACGGGAAGCGGGUACUUUAUUGAGGAAGGUUCAAAGCCUAAUGACAUUGGCCUUGUGCUAUACGAUAACCCGGUGGGCCAGCUUGUGUGGAUUGGAGAGAAGUAUAUUGAAUGGUCGGAUCCUAAGGCGGGCACCAGCCCAUCCGUGUUGACUCACAAUGAGAUUCUUCGCAUUAUAUCCCUUUAUUAUCUGACCAAGUCAAUCUUGUCAUCAGGAUAUAUCUACUUCCAGAAUCCUCUCGGCCAAACUGGAUUUCGAUACAAUUAUACGAGGGCCCGCACAGAUGCUCCCAUGCUCUUCAGUGCCUUCAAAUACAAUGUCCAUUACUGGCCACGCGCAUUAGCUGAAACCGUGGGCAAUUUGGUCCUUUACCGAAAUCAUGACUUUGGCGGGCAUUUCCCUGGGCUGGAUAACCCCCCUGCUCUGAUAGAAGAUAUACGAGAAAUCGGUAGCUAUUGGGAAUGA